AUGAACACAUUAAAAAUUAUUGAAGCAAUCAGGAAAUGGUUAGGACUGCGCUCAUCAGAAUUAUUUUCGGAAAAAUUUUAUGAUCAACUGAAUUAUGAUAUUGAUAAUUUGAAUGAUUAUAAUAAAGAAUGUGAUAAACUGAAUGAACCUUACAAUACGCCGGGAGUUAAAAAAAUUUGUAAACAGGUUCUAAAAUUUUUAAAAACUAAAGCUUUUAGAUUGGAUCAUGAAGAUUCUGUACGAGAUGACUGCGUACUUUUGAACUAUUGGAUAUAUGAAAAAUUAUAUAAGUAUUAUAGUCCCACUGAUAGUACUAAGGUUCCCCAUGCAUUUGGUUCACUUCUACCUAAGUGGUAUGAACUUGUUCAAGAUGAAUCAAAUGAAUCUUAUUAUAAAAAAUGUAAACCUUCUACUACUAUCGUCACUGAAGAUAACUGGCAAGAAAGAAAGGAAUUGUAUGAAUACUGUGUUGAUUACAAAACAGUCCGUGGAUAUGCUGAUUAUUUCGAUAAAUGCAAGGAAUAUUAUCCUUACUUUCAGAAAAAAGCUGAAUUAUAUAAAAAAUUCGAAAAGGUUUGUUCUCCUAAGACAAAGGAUUGCCCAGAUUUUUAUGAUAGAUGUAAGGAAUAUGAUCCAAAUAAAAUUUUGGAAAAUCUUAAAUGCCAUAAUGAAAUGAAGGGAAAAAGAGUUUCCGAUGCACUACCUAAACUACUACCAGAUGUAGAAGAAGAAGCCACUGAAGUAGAUAAUACAUAUGGUGCUCCCAAGCCAACAGGUGAAGUGCCUUCUCAAUUUGCUGCCACUUUACGGGGUAGAAUUCCCAACACUCCAAUAAAAUAUGGUGAUUUACUUCUGGGAAUAGUUGUCACUUCUAUCACUUCAGGAGCUUUAUAUAGAUUCAAAACAUACCGAAGGCGUUUACGCAACGGUUUUGGAUGGAACGGUACUCCUAUAGGUCACCUAAACGAAGGAGGCAAUGGACUGCUUGCUCAAGUGUUAGAUGCACAUAAUCCCCUUUCUGGGGAUGGAGCAGAACAUUUCAUAGGAUACACUCCAGUGUAA